AUGCCGGCGAUGCCAAUGGCUCCUCUAUGUUCAUUCAGAUUGAUGACAUGUCUGUACAUAACCAGCUCCGUCUUUCGUACUGAAUUAUCUUGUAACUCUUCAGCAUCAUCAGUUCAAUCUCAAACAUUAUCUACUCAAACCAGUCCACCGCAACUACCAUCAACAUGUCCACCGCUGCCGACAAGACCAUCAUUCUCAUCACCGGUUCGUCUUCCCCAUCAUCCCAUGCCCCACCCAUUUACUAACCCUCCUCACAGGCGCCAACAGCGGCAUCGGCCUCGAAACCAUCAUCGCCCUCUCCAAAUCCUCCCCCUCCUACCAUCUCCUCUCAGCUCCCGCUCCUUCCAAAAGGGGCAAGCCGCCUUGUCCAAAAUUCAAGCCGACCACAGCCCCGCCCUCCUCUCCCCCAUCACCCCCAUCGAGGUGGACGUCACCUCCACCUCAACCAUCGAAGCCACCAAAACCUACCUGGAGUCCACCUUCUCCCGCCUCGACAUCUUGAUCCAAAACGCCGGCAUAAUUGUCCAUCAUCCCUGCACCACCCUCCAGAACCUCCGCCUCACCUUCGAGACCAACGUCUUCGGCCCCCGCGUCCUCACCGAGACCCUCGUCCCCCUUUUGCAGAAGUCCACGAACCCGAGGGUGAUUUAUGUGUCGUCCGAACAAGGGAGUAUUACACUCAGAUUGGACCUAGAGUACCCCUGGCGUGACGUCCCGGGCGCGGAGUACAGGAUGAGCAAAGCGGCGUUGAAUAUGCUGGCCGCGUGUGAUAGGUAUGGUUUUAGAAGUUGGGGGGGAAAGGUGACGAGUUUUAAUCCGGGGUGGUGUGUGACGAAUUUGACGGGGGAGGAGGGGAGAGUUAUGAGGGAAAGGGGGGGCGCGAGGAGUGCUGAGGAUCCGGCGAGGGCGUUGGUGGAGGUGGUGAAUGGGAAGAGGGAUAAAGAGGCAUGGGAGAAGAGUGGGAUCUUGGAUUUGGAUGGGGGGGUUAGGCCUUGGUGA